ACGGUACUCUGGAAUAAAAAUCCUCACGGUAUUUUGGAAUAAAAAUCCUUACCAAUCUCAUUUUGUACAAAAAAAAAAAAAAAAAAAAAAAAAAAAAAAAAAAAAAGUUGACAACAUAAUAAUUUUCAAACGCGUCCGUCUGUCAUCCCACAUUCUUCGCCAUUAUAAAUGCUCUCGUUCCCUUAAUCUCCUCCCCACAUGAUCCAAGUGUCUCUCUCUCUAGAACACACACAAAUAUACACACAGUAACUCAGCAAGCAUGGUGCUAUCAAGAACCGUUCAUUCAGAGUCCGAUGUCUCUCUACACUCAACAUUUGCGUCACGAUACGUUCGCACUUCUCUCCCGAGGUUUAAGAUGCCGGAGGAAUCGAUCCCUAAGGAGGCUGCCUAUCAAAUUAUAAAUGAUGAGCUGAUGUUGGACGGGAAUCCGAGGCUGAAUCUGGCUUCGUUCGUGACAACGUGGAUGGAGCCUGAAUGUGACAAGCUUAUGAUGGCUGCGAUUAAUAAGAACUAUGUUGAUAUGGAUGAAUAUCCUGUCACUACUGAACUCCAGAACCGUUGUGUGAACAUGAUAGCACAUCUCUUCAAUGCACCACUUGGGGACGAAGAAACAGCGGUCGGGGUUGGAACCGUGGGCUCAUCGGAGGCAAUCAUGCUUGCCGGACUUGCUUUCAAACGAAAAUGGCAAAACAAAAUGAGAGCACUUGGCAAACCUUGUGAUAAACCCAACAUUGUUACCGGUGCCAAUGUUCAGGUUUGCUGGGAGAAAUUCGCAAGGUAUUUUGAAGUGGAGUUGAAGGAAGUGAAACUGAGUGAGGGUUACUAUGUGAUGGACCCUGAUAAGGCUGUGGAAAUGGUUGAUGAAAACACCAUCUGUGUGGCUGCAAUUUUGGGUUCCACCCUCAAUGGUGAAUUUGAAGAUGUUAAGCGGUUAAAUGACCUCUUGGUUAAGAAGAAUGCCGAGACUGGAUGGGAUACACCAAUUCAUGUGGAUGCUGCAAGUGGUGGUUUUAUUGCACCAUUUAUUUACCCGGAAUUGGAAUGGGAUUUCCGGUUGCCGUUGGUAAAGAGUAUAAAUGUUAGUGGUCACAAGUAUGGUCUUGUUUAUGCUGGAGUUGGGUGGGUGAUUUGGAGGAACAAAGAAGACUUGCCUGAUGAGCUCAUCUUUCAUAUUAACUAUCUUGGUGCUGAUCAACCAACUUUCACUCUCAACUUCUCUAAAGGUUCUAAUCAAAUAAUUGCUCAGUACUAUCAGCUCAUUCGAUUGGGUUUCGAGGGAUACAAGAACAUCAUGGAAAACUGUCAAGAAAAUGCAAUGGUCCUAAAGGAAGGAUUAGAGAAAACCGGGCGCUUUAACAUCGUGUCCAAAGACCAUGGUGUCCCACUCGUAGCCUUUUCACUAAAAGACCACAGUGAGCAUAACGAGUUUGAAAUAUCAGACAUGUUAAGGCGGUUCGGGUGGAUUGUGCCAGCUUACACAAUGCCACCAGAUGCCCAACACAUCACGGUUCUCAGAGUCGUGAUAAGGGAAGACUUUUCAAGGACAUUGGCUGAACGGCUCGUGACUGACAUCCUGAAGGUGCUUCACGAGCUCGAUACAUUACCAGCUAAAGUCACCGCUAAGAUAGAGAUUCAUGAAGAGAAGGGGUUAGUGGUCAAACAAACCGAACUGGAAGUGCAAAGGAAGAUUACAGAUUUUUGGAGGAAGUUUGUAGCUGACAAGAAGAAAACUAAUGGAGUGUGUUAGAUGCGGUUAAUUAAUAUCUUGUUUUGAAAAUUUUAAAUUAUGGAUUUUAAUUUUGUAUUGUGUAACGCUUGCAUUUGAACGAAUUUCAAACCCAUCUAAUAUUCGAUUAUAUUUUGUGUGGGUUUAAUACUUAAUUAAAUUUGGUUUUGUAUUAUGUCAAGGAUGUUUGCAACUUUUUUGUAAUUUAAUAAAAUUAUAAAUUGGCAAGGA